AUGCAGGCAGAGAAGGGCCCUCGAGAUUGCAAAUACGUCACUGACGCUGACCGCUGGUCUGAUAACGCGAUGGUGCAUCCGAGCAACUCCGUCGCAUCAUCCGUAUCUCGGGCGAAGGGCGGCAUCUUGGCCUGCUGCAGUGGAUUAAUGCAUCGCGCGGUAGAGGAAAAAAAAGAGCCAGCUGAACUGAGGUAUCAAAGACGAUGCACCGCGGCUAUUGACUCACCUUUUGUAUUCUCCGCGUUUUGCCUCCUGCUGGGUACUGUAACAAUUAGACUAUUGCCACUGCACGCUGCGCAAACAGAGCACAAGGGAACAAGAGGCUGGCAGCGCUUCACCACGGCGGAGACAGAGGCACAAAGAGGGGCGCGGAUGACACGCCAGCAGCCUCCGCUAUUGGUCACAGCCGGGCGAUAA